AUGCCAGCCACUGCUCGAGCAAGAUCAGAUCGCGCCCAGCGAAAAAGCGAACCCAAACAACCACCAAACUUGCGUCGCUCCACUCGACAAACACGGAGUCGCAGUAGAGAUGAUGCGCCUGCUUCUCCCUCGAAAUCUGUUGUCACUUCGGUGAGCGCGGGUAAUUUUGAGAACGAACCGUCCUAUACUCCAACUAGGAGCAAUCGAGGUGAAAAGUUACGGUCGAAGUCUGGCAACAAUGAGUUGUCACCUGUUUUUGAAAGCCCUCCUGCGAAUGCCACUGGCAGCUUUAAUACAAACCUUACGAGGCAAACCUCGAGGCGCAGCGAACGAUCUGUUCCUGAAUCACCUGUUGACCAUUUCAAUGUUACUGGGACAACCCUUCUCGCUACUGAUUCUGAACAUGAAUCACGAGAAUUGGAUCCCAGUAUCAUGAUCGAGGCAUUGCCCGACCUAUAUACUUCUGCAAAGAACGCUCUGCGAAUACUAACUCCACAGGCCUUUUCCCUUACCACUAUUCUUAGGAGUCUUAAAAACGCUACCUUUAGAGCAAGGAUCAGACGUAUACGGGAGACCUUUGAAACCCAGCAGAAGUACUUUGGCGGCCAGCAUUUCAUCAUCGUCCAGGCUAUAGUAAACAUAUUUCCAUCCCUGAAACACAUUCCAUGGCAUCCGGAUGAAUUCCUUCAGAAAGCCAACCUUGCCCAGUUUGCAUUCGAUCUUAUCCCUUUGCGUGAGAACAUUGGUCCUUUCUCGGACUAUCACCUUUCAUACCUUGACGAAUCAUUUCCGAAAUCCUUCUUGAGUUCCUUCUCCCCUCCAGGAGAUGAUCAACUUAUAAAACCAGGGCGAAGCGGUCUCCUAGCAGAAACAUUUCAAUUGGGUUUAGAAAUCCGCACCCAACGUGUCAUUGCGGAACUCCGAUCAGGGGGGAAAGAUCCCGGUGUUGAAUUUGCUCCGGAUGUAGUACUGGAAACUGUUUUCACCUCGUUCGUGAAAAAUGGUGACAAGUUUGAAAGGUUACUAGGCUGGGGAAUUAAUGGCCUACAGGAUGAGUGGGGCAGCAUCCCCGAGGAGUUCCAUGAUGAAGUUUUUGAGCGGAUGGAGUCGAUUCGAAAGUGUUUUGACGAGGAUGAGACCAGCACGUUCGCUCACUGUGACAAACUGGAAUCUUUGUUUCCUUGGUCGGAGUUCGUUGCCCAAGCAUGCAAGUGGAUCCACAUGAGGGCAAAUGAAAUUGAUGAGCAAUUGAGAAGCCAAGCAUCUCUUGACGAAGGAGUUGAGGCAUUACAAACCGAAGCUGAUCGCAGGUCAAGCCUCGAUCAACAAGGUAUCUCGUCCAUUCACGAAUCGACAAAUCCGGCCACUUCGGCCGCCGACAAGGUAGCCGCCGAAAAGGCCGAUGUUCAGAAACCGCAAGAUACGAGAUCCGCGAUUACCAGGAAGUCAAUGUUCUCUGUUGGAAAAGAGAUUUUCAAGUCUAAGGCCCUUAUAUCUCACUUGGUGAAUCUUCAGGCCCGGGUUGGUUCUUCUGUGGCUGGCUCUGCUCAGGUUCCCAGUAGUGUAGGGGUUGAUCAACCUUCGGAAAGUCCACAAACAGAAAUCGUUGCAACGGCUGGUGAUACGACUCCACAGGUCAGCGACAGCGGAGAAUUCCCCAGAAGGCCUAACGAAUCUCAAAACGCUAGCGUUCGGAAAUUGAAGCAAGACGUUAGCCCAGGACAGCGAACAGGACAACCACUGAAGAAUGUAUCGCCCCGCCCAUCACCAUCCGAAAUCGUCAAGAUAGCUGAACGGCAACGACUUGCAAUUUUUUCUCAACGGCAAAGACAAAGUUUCAAGACACCGCCGGUGGCUUUUAUUGAUCGACAAGCUGAUGCUCACAGAUUAUCCCCGGUUGGUUCCAGCCAAUCAUCAUCUGGCAGAAGCCGCUUGAAUGACCGUUCCCGGAAACGACAGGCCUCCGAAGUAGAGCCAAACGAAGGGCAGGAGAAGGAAACUAUCCAGCCAUCUGACGAGGAAAGCUUCGAAACAGGCACCCGAAGUACCCGGGUUGAGAAAAACCGGAAAUCCAUUGCGGCACUGCAGGUUCAUCGGAAGCGACGACGAAUUGGAACAUCAUCUCCUAGGACACAAUCCCGCCCAUUGGCCACGCCUCCAAGACAACCACAAAGCCUUGGAGGCCGACGAGGUAGUCGCGUAGCGUCAAGGUCACUAGAGCUUAUGAACGCCGUUGAGAGUAAAACUCCAGCCAGCACUGCUCCUGAAAUUAGCCGACGGGUGCGGAAGCCUGGUGGUGGUAGGAUCCCAUGGUCCGUGGAUGAGUGUAAUCAGCUUAAGCUCUUGAUUGUCAGACACGGACCUAAGUGGGCGAAAAUCAAACAAGUUGAUGACAGCCUGGAGAACCCGCAGUUGAGCAUUCGAGAUCAGGUGAAUCUGAAAGAUAAAGCGAGACAAAUGGCUGUUGAUUUCUACAAAACCGGCCAACAACUUCCUGAAAACUUCGAAAGAGUUCCUCUCAAAACUGAUGAUAAACGCAAAUUACGAGAAAUGGGGAUUACAAUCUUUGAAGAUUUGCCUGAAGGGGAUUGA